CCAUUCGCUGCUCAUCAUCUCUUCUUCUCGAAUCCCAAAUCGAAACCCUAGUUCUCUGAUCGGAAGCCAUGGGGCAAGGAACGCCGGGAGGGAUGGGGAGGCAAGGGCUCCCCGGAGAGAGGAAGCAGGAUGGAGAUAAGAAGGAGAAGAAGUUCGAGCCUGCAGCGCCGCCGAGCCGUGUUGGUCGCCGGCAGCGUAAGCAGAAAGGGCCUGAGGCGGCGGCUCGGUUGCCUACGGUGACCCCGCUGACCAAGUGCAAGCUUCGGUUGCUGAAGCUGGAGCGGAUCAAAGAUUAUCUUCUAAUGGAGGAGGAGUUCGUGGCUAGUCAGGAGCGAUUGAAGCCCCAUGAGGAUAAGAAUGAGGAAGAUCGGUCGAAGGUGGACGAUCUACGGGGUUCUCCGAUGAGUGUUGGGAAUUUGGAGGAGCUUAUUGAUGAGAACCAUGCUAUUGUUUCCAGCUCGGUCGGGCCGGAGUACUAUGUUAGCAUCCUCUCUUUUGUUGAUAAAGAUCAGCUUGAACCUGGUUGCGCGAUUCUCAUGCACAACAAGGUCCUUUCGGUUGUUGGCCUUUUGCAAGAUGAAGUCGACCCAAUGGUCUCUGUUAUGAAGGUUGAAAAAGCUCCUUUGGAGUCUUACGCUGAUAUUGGUGGCUUGGAUGCACAAAUUCAAGAAAUCAAGGAAGCGGUUGAGCUUCCUUUGACCCAUCCUGAGCUGUAUGAAGACAUUGGUAUUAAGCCCCCGAAGGGAGUCAUACUUUAUGGGGAACCUGGUACUGGGAAAACUUUGCUUGCAAAGGCGGUAGCAAACUCAACCUCGGCUACUUUCCUGAGAGUUGUUGGAAGUGAGUUGAUUCAGAAGUAUCUAGGUGAUGGCCCCAAACUAGUCAGGGAACUUUUUAGGGUUGCUGAUGAUCUUUCUCCCUCUAUAGUAUUCAUUGAUGAAAUAGACGCAGUGGGUACUAAAAGAUAUGAUGCUCAUUCUGGAGGAGAACGUGAAAUACAACGAACUAUGUUGGAGUUACUUAACCAGUUGGAUGGUUUUGACUCAAGAGGUGAUGUCAAGGUCAUUCUAGCAACAAACAAAAUUGAAAGCCUUGACCCUGCUUUGCUUCGACCUGGUCGAAUUGACAGGAAGAUCGAGUUUCCUCUUCCAGAUAUAAAGACAAGAAGAAGAAUCUUUCAGAUACAUACAUCCCGAAUGACUUUAGCCGAAGAUGUCAAUUUAGAAGAAUUUGUUAUGACCAAGGAUGAAUUCUCAGGUGCUGAUAUUAAAGCAAUCUGUACUGAAGCCGGGUUGCUUGCUUUAAGGGAACGCAGAAUGAAGGUAACCCAUGCAGACUUCAAAAAGGCCAAGGAGAAAGUCAUGUUCAAGAAGAAGGAAGGUGUCCCAGAAGGACUCUACAUGUGAGAAAAGGUGUCGAUCCAUCCCUGCAAUUCUCACAACAAAGUUACAAAAUUCCCUGGAAAGUUUCAAAUCUCUGUAAUCUUUUAUGAAUCAACAACUUAAUUUUUCACACUGUUUUAUAUUUUCUCUAGAUAUUCUGGCAGCCAAACAUUAGACACCAUCAUAUAUAAAUAUUUAUAGGGUUAAUAAGCCUAUGAGCUUGCAAUAUCUUGCAGUAUUUUAUCAUUAUGUCAGUGCACAAGUUAUCACUCACCUUCACUUAGAAUCACAGCUUUGUAUCUGUUUUCUGAAGACUUAAAUUACUAUCUAUGAGCACUUUCUCAGGAGAUUUAUGUCA